UGUUUACAUCGUCAGCUGCGUCGAGAAAAAUACGGUGACGUUUUGGCGCAGGCGCAGUCCAAACAUCGAUUCCCUUCCUCCUGUCGCGAGUCAACAACGUCAUCUCUAAGCUCACAAAGUGUGGCUGACAGGUAAAAUAAGCCACACACGUUUUAGAGGCCAAUUUAAUGCUAUUGGACAGCUAUUUUCUUCACCUAUUUGAUCACAUAAGAUGUCUUCUCUCCUCAAAGUGGACAAUGAAAUUAAAACCAAGGUCGAUGCUUUCAGGGAACGUAUCACUUCAGAAGCAGAAGAUCUAGUUGCAAGUUUUUUCCCAAAGAAGUUGCUGGAACUCGAUCACUUCUUAAAGGACCCAAUCAUAAACAUCGCUGAUCUGAAGGAGAUACACUCAGAGAUAAACCUGACAGUGCCAGACCCCAUUCUGCUCUCAAACCUCCAUGACGGAAUAGAAGCGCAAAAUGCCAAAAAGAGAAAGCUUGAGGAUGGAGGUGGGGAGGACAAGGUGACUGGCACCAAGGUCUUUGUCAUGCCUGGUGGGAUGAUGAAGAGCAACGGAAGCCUUGUGGAUCUCAUUGAAAAAGUCAAACCAGAGAUCAGGACACUCAUAGAGAAAUGUAACACAGUCAAAAUGUGGGUUCAGCUGCUAAUCCCCAGGAUAGAGGACGGCAACAACUUUGGAGUGUCAAUCCAGGAGGAGACGGUAGCUGAACUCAGAACUGUUGAAGGGGAGGCCGCAUCUUACCUCGACCAGAUAUCAAGAUACUACAUAACAAGGGCGAAGCUGGUUUCUAAAAUAGCAAAAUAUCCACAUGUGGAGGACUAUCGGCGCACAGUAACUGAGAUCGAUGAGAAGGAAUACAUCAGUCUGAAGAUCAUAGUUUCUGAGCUCAGAAAUCAAUAUGUAACGUUACACGACAUGAUCCUGAAGAACAUAGAGAAGAUCAAGAGGCCUAGAAGCAGUAAUACCGACGCGUUGUACUGAUGUUCAAACAGCCAUCUCUGCCUCCACCCUCUCAUCCACCCUAUUAUGCCUGUUGAGCUACAGUAGCCCCGGCUCUUGUCCGCUGGACUACAACUCAACGUUCACCUAGAGUACAAUCGACCCCACCCAUUACAAAGACAUAGCAUCCAUACUUGGACCUGACGCACAUGUUUUUGUUUUAAAUGUAAAAUAUUUUUCUUGUUUUAAACCAUUUUGAAGGAAAAUGGGGAGCUAAAUCAUAGACAAUAAAAAGCUCUAUGUAUUUUUCAUUAAAUAUUUCGUGAUCAUUGUGAAAAUGCUCAAUUUAUAGCUCUUAAAAAAUUCAAGCAAAGUGGUUUGUUUCAAGUCCACUGAAUAUUACUUUUAUUUAAGUCUUCUAUUUGACGCUUACACCAGCUUUCUUGUUGCGCUUCCAUUAGAGUCUCAAGGAUACUCAACACGAAAGCUGUUUUUGUUUUUUCUCCGAAUGUUAUACAUUACACAGUAUAAUAGUGACAUCUGAAUACUAAGCAGGUUUUAGGUCUACAUGCCUAUUAGUUUUUUAGUGAAAGUUCCCGAGUCACCAAAGCAUCUCUUAUGUUAAGGCAUUGAUGUUACUGAAUAAAACUUUUUGAUAAAAGAACUA